UCUUUCUUUCUUUCUUUCUCAACAAUAAAUAAAUAAAUAUUUUUCUUUAUAAAUUUCUUUUUCUUUCUUUCUUUCUUUCUUUCUCUCUUUCUUUCCCUCAUUAGCAACAAUCUCUCCUCCUUCCAAGCUCCAACUGAACCACUUCCCUCAUCAACAAUUAUAGAAACAAUAACGAUAACACUUGUCUCAACAAUUAUAAACAUUCCGUACACAAUUAGAUGCUCCUCUACUUAAACAAAAACAAGGCUUCUUCAUCUUUUUAGGGUUUUGUUUAAUUUCGUUUGAAAAUCCCACCCACCAUGGGAAGAGGCAGAGUUCAACUGAAGAGAAUAGAGAACAAAAUCAGUCGCCAAGUCACCUUCUCAAAGCGUAGAGCUGGUUUACUCAAAAAGGCCCAUGAGAUCUCUGUUCUUUGUGAUGCUGAUGUUGCUUUGAUUGUCUUCUCUACCAAAGGCAAACUCUUCGAGUACUCCUCUGAUUCCAGUAUGGAGAAGAUCUUAGAAAAAUAUGAGAGAUAUUCUUAUGCAGAGAGACCAGUGGCCCCAAAUGGAGAUUCUGAAUCACAGGUAAGUUGGUGUCAGGAAUAUCCAAAACUUACAGCCAGAUUGGAAAUUGUACAGAAGAACUUGAGGCAUUAUUUGGGAGAAGAUCUUGACCCUUUGAAUUUGAGAGAACUUCAAAGCUUGGAGCAACAACUUGAUACAUCACUCAAGCGCAUAAGAUCUAGAAAGAAUCAACUAAUGCAAGAAUCCAUUUCAAAACUACACAAAAAGGAAAGGGAAUUGCAAGAGGAAAACAGGCAGCUAGCAAAUAAGGUAAAAGAGAAUGAGAAGGUUUUGGUUGAACGUGGACAAUGCGACCUCCCAAACUUGGUUCAUAAUCAGCCCAUUUUUGCAAUGCCACCUCCCAUUCCUUCUCUAUCUAUUGGAGUAAACCUUCGUGGGAGAGGAUCAAGAGGAUCAGAUGAAGAUGAAACAAGGCCAACAAACGACAACAACAUCCAAAUACCAGCAUGGAUGCUUAGCCAUGUGACUGAAAAUCCUCAUAACUAACAAGCAACCACACCACCGUCUUCUCCGUUUGCAGGCAGGCAGGCGAAUGGUCGUUUUCGCUGCCCUUACCACCAUCAUUGUCACAAAUAAAAUGGCCAUGGGGAUGGGGGGAAAAAAAGAGAAGACAAAACUGUAAAGGUUUGGUUUUUGAAGAUCAUGUGGGAAUAAUGCAAAUGCCCUAACAUUGUAUGACAACUCCUGUUUCACAUCCAAAUUGGCCACCCCAAUCCCAAAACCUUAUUGUAUUAUGUAGAAGAUCAUUUCUCAAGACUCCAAAUUAACUUUGAACUUUUGGAAGACAAAUGAAAUGUGGAUACUUCCAUUUCUCUUUUUCUA